AUGUUACUGCAAAAUUUAGCCUUGAAAAAGGGCAGAGAGGCGGCUGGUUAUAACAUCCAGACACUGACAAAAUGUGGGAGUAAUCACGGUCAAAACCAUGAUACACGGCGCACCUAUACUUCAAAUCAAUCUGCAGCUAGUCGAGUGAGGGAUGACUUGGCAAAAGAAACUUGCGAAAAGCUUUCAAACCAGCAUCAGGCCAAGAAGAAGGCCAAAGCCAUUGAUAGAGACUUCUUUCUAUCAGUGCUUGGUUCCUCGGCAACUAAACGUGAAGCACGCUCUUAUAUCCAAAACUUCAAACCUCCAAGCAGCGCUCCUCCAAAACCGAAACCCCAAGAAUCCAUCCAGCAGAAAACAACGGAGGAGGGAGUCAACUUGGGAAGCAUCUAUACAGCCACAAGGGCCGUGGCAGAGAGUCCGAAGUUUUUACAACAACCAGUGUUGCAAACAUCAACAGCGGGCGGAUCGCCAUUACAUGUUGCGUUGGUGAAAAUCAGAGCUCCGCAACUACUAGACGAUCAAACCCUGAAUGGAAUAGGGAAAACGUUAUCACAAUUGAGCAGGCUUGGAUUAGUGAGUACCGUUGUGGUAGAUUGCGAUGAUGGAAGCGAUAUUCCUUUGAGGAGAUCCAAUUGCGAAUGGAGAAACGAGGUUAAGGAGCAGGCAGCUCGUGUUGUGGCUGCUAUCGAUGCCAGUGGAACCGAAGCACGGCUAGUAGAUGAUGUGAUAGGAGUCGCAGAGAGUGGAUCCGAUUUCAUACAGCAACCUUAUUUGAAAGGCAGGGUACAUGUCACACUGCGGGAGCUAUUGAUGACUCCCUUGAGACGAGGGGUACUCCCUGUGAUUCCUUCAAUAGGUCAUACGGAUACUACUCAGACGGUAGUGCCAACCACGGCUAGUGAUGUGGUUUUGGCAUUAACCCGAGAGUUUGCGGGGUUAUUGUCUCCUCAAUCAUCAGUUGAGACCCCUAGUGCUGUCGAGGAGCGCUUGCGAUCCUUGAGAAAUGAGGUAUCGCUUGAUCGUCUAAUCUUGAUCGAUCCUCUUGGUGGUAUCCCGGCAUCCGAUCGGAAGAAUGGUUACCAUGUCUUUCUAAACAUGGAACAAGAACAUAACCUGGCGAAACAAGAUCUUCUUCAUACCGGGGGAAUGCACAGUGAGAUAUCCCAGCAAUCAACACCGGCAGAAGCAAGCCCGAAUUCCAGCUUCGGCUUUGAAAGUCCCCUCUCCGAUGUUACCGAACACAACCUUAGCAAGAACGAAAGUUCGACCCUACCCUCGAAGGGUUCACUUGGAAAGCAAGAUUCAAGAAUCAGAUUUCACUUGGACAACUUGGAAUUAAUUCGAAGUGCUCUAGCCAUACUACCUCCAAGUUCUUCUGCUUUAAUUACCACGCCAGACGAAGCGGCGAAUUCUGGAAAGCAACCCGAAUUCAAGGCUGCCAGAGUUGGCACACGACGACAACGAAAUCCUCUAAUUCAUAACCUACUUACAGACAAACCAGCAUUUUCUUCAUCUCUUCCCGUUGGAAGACUAGGACCGUUGGAUAUAAGCGAAACAAUCUCACCAUCCACUAAAUUGGUCCCAACCACUUUUGCUAAGCAUGGGAUGCCAGUGACCAUAUUUCCAGAUCCAAGGACUACCCCUUGGCAACCACCCCUGGCUGGUAUCCCGCAGAUAAGCUUAACCGAUCCGCAAAUAGAUCUUCCCCGUCUGGUCCAUUUGAUUGAGGACUCUUUUAAUAAGGAACUUGAUGUUCAGGAUUAUCUAAGACGUGUCAACAGUCGUGUAGCUGGAGUUAUUAUUGCUGGCGAAUAUGAGGGAGGGGCGUUGCUGACAUGGGAACUUCCACCUGGCGUUCCCGACGAUGGAAGUGAAGAAAGCCGAAAGCGGAUGGUACCUUACCUUGAUAAGUUUGCUGUCUUGAAGAAAAGCCAAGGAUCCGGCGGCGUUGCAGACAUUGUCUUCAAGUCUAUGAUUAGAGAUUGUUUCCCCGGUGGUGUAUGCUGGAGAAGCCGCAAGGAUAACCCUGUGAACAAGUGGUAUUUUGAGCGCAGUAGGGCCACCCUGAAGCUUUCUGACACGAAUUGGACAAUGUUUUUCACAACACCGGAAGAGAAUAUGGAUCACCAGACUUUCAAAGAUUAUGAAGCUGUUUGCAAGGUGAUUGAGCCGUCAUGGGCAGAUAAAAAGGGAAUUCAAGACUGA